AUGAACUCGCCCCAGCCCUGCGGCACAAGAAUGAGAGCUGCCCUGUCACUGGAGAAGUGCGUGGUGAUUGGACUGUUGAAGAUGGCUACUGCAGACUGCUACCAAUCCAUCAUUAACCAGUUUGGAGGGUUGGUGGAGUCCGGAGGGGAUGUGAAAAAGCCCGGAGACUCUCUCCGCCUCUCCUGCAAAGCAUCCGGGUUCGACUUCAGCAGCUACUACAUGAACUGGAUCCGUCAGGCUCCUGGCAAGGAACUGGAAUGGAUCGCUUUUAUAUACCCCGGUGGGGGUACUGCAAUCUACCUUGAUUCAGUGAAAGGCCGAUUCACCAUCUCCAGGGAUAAUCCCAAGAGUGAGCUGUAUCUGCAAAUGACCGGCCUGAAGCCCGAGGACACCGCCCGCUAUUACUGUGUCCUCUCCCAAGUGCAGCUGAAGGAAACGGGCCCGGGAGCGGUGAAACCCGGGGAGUCCCUGACACUCACUUGUACCAUCUCCGGAGACUCGGUUUCUAGCACCAGCGUCACUUGGACCUGGGUCCGGCAGCCCGCGGGGAAAGGGCUGGAAUGGGUGGGACGCAUUUACUACAGACCGAGUCAGUGGCACACUAACUACGCCAGCGCUCUGCAGAGCCGAGUGACCAUCACACAAGACACUUCCAAGAACCAGUUCUCCCUGCAGCUCCGCGCGCUGACAGCUGCGGACACCGGCACCUAUUACUGCGCC